UGCUAAAUUGUUACUUCUUUUAUAUUUUAGGUUGAGAUUAAAAAUCCUAUAUUCAUCGUUGGGCAGAUGAGGACAGGGACUACUUUUUUGUUUAAUUUACUUGCGCAAGACGAUAGCCUGUUUGCACCUCCUGUAUGGCAAAUGCUGAACCCUAAGCCAUUGAAUAACAACGCAUUCGAAAAGGAGUCGAGGGUAGGACAUGCACUUCAAAACAUAGAUCUUUUGAACAUGUGCUUUCCUGAUAUCAAGAAAACACAUCCCUUCGACGCUUUAGGUCCCGAAGAGUGCGAAGUUCAAUUCUUGCGAUGUUUUGUGUCACGUGAUCUUCCUUUAAUGGCCUACAAGAAACUUCUAUCUUACAUGUCGUGGUACCAAACACUUGAUGAUGAAACUCUAGCAAGGCUUUACCGUCAUUACGACUUGGAAAUCAAGGCCUUCAUUUACCAAAUGGGAAAAGUGCAAAAGCGUGUACUUCGAAAGGAUUCAAACCACAUGAGCUUCAUACGACAAUUGAUGGCAACAUAUCCAGAUGCAAAAAUUGUUCAUACAGUGCGCGAUCCUACCAGUUUCGUCCCUUCGUCUUGUAGUGUAAACGAGACAUACGCUGAACAGUAUUAUUUCAAGAGCGACAUAGAACCACUGGUAAUCAGUCACAGAGUGUUAAAGCACAUGAAGCACGAGGCAGAAUGUUUCACGUCAUUCAGGAAGUCAUAUGACGUCAACAACCAAGGAAAGGGCGCAUGCACAUUCCUGGAUAUCAAUUUUAGAGAUUUGGUGAAAUCACCAAUGGCAACUGUAAGGUCUAUCUUUGCACAUAUUGGGAAAGAGUUAUCACCAAAGGCGGAAUUUGCUAUGAGACAAUAUAUCAAAGAUAACCCUCAACACAAACAUGGGGUCCAUUCGUAUUCUUUAGAAAAGUAUGGACUUGAGGCUGAUUUGCUGAGAAACGAAUUUAAAGAAUACAUACAAUAUUUUAACGUGAAAUGCGACAAAUAGAGUUAUUAGUAUAUAAACGCAACGAUACUGCUGGAUAUUGAAGCCAUUUUCAGGAUUCGAUAAGUUAAUGAUACAAAGCAAGCUGACAAACUUUCUGUUUGGGACACCCCAACUGGUUAUCGUUUGCGUUAGACUUAAUUUUACACACUUUUGAAAUUAUUCAACAAGGAAGUUAAUGUUUUUUCACACAGUUCAUAAUAUGUAAUGUGUGAUAUUCUAUCUUAAAUUUAAACAACAUGAAUAAUGUCAUACCAGUAUGCCUAUGACGUCUCAAUAUAUUAUCCUGCCAAUCGAACAUGUUAUUUUAGAAAAUACAGAAUGCGGGAUAAGUGAUGCCAUAUAU